UGUGUACACCCCGGAAAUCGGGAGCACCUGACGGCAGACUUCCGGUGGUGGGAAAGUGAACGGAGUCGGAAUCCAAGCAGAGCGAUCUGAGGCUGAGAGACCUGCGGAAAGAAGGAAGGCAAGCUUUUGCAAUAGGGCUUGACUCCAACGACGGCGAACCAGCAACUGCAGAAGCAGGCAGCGGCAGAGAGGGAAUGGUGCGGGGAGGCGCCGAGAAGGAGGCGCAGUCCGUCCCUCUCAGGGUUAGUGAAUGAGGUCUCCUCCCGGGCCGGCCCGGGGACUGUGCGCUGUGGGUCCCAAGCAUGAGUGCGGGCCCCGGCUGUGAGCCCUGCACCAAGCGACCCCGCUGGGGCGCCGCUACAACUUCUCCACCGGCUGCCUUGGAUUCCCGGAGCUUCCCCGGCAGGCAAAGGCGCGUUCUCGACCCCAAGGACGCUCCUGUACAGUUCAGGGUCCCACCGUCCUCUCCAGGCUGCGUCCCUGGGCGGGCGGGACCGCACAGAGGCGGCGCCACCUCGCUUGUUUUCAAACAAAAGACUAUUACCAGUUGGAUGGACGCUAAAGGAAUCAAGACAGCUGAAUCAGAAAGUUUGUGUAGUAAAGAAAAUAACAAUACAAGGAUAGAAUCCAUGAUGAGUUCUAUACAAAAAGAUAACUUUUACCAACAUAAUGUGGAAAAAUUAGAAAAUGUUUCUCAGCUAAGUCAUGAUAAAUCACCCAUUGAAAAAAGCACUCAAUAUUUGAACCAACAUCAGACUGCAACUCUGGUUAAGUGGCAAAAUGAAGGGAAACACACAGAGCAGCUUUUGGGAAGUGAACCUUCAACAGUGACUCUGGUACCAGAGCAGUAUAGUAAUGCUAACAUCAAUCAGUCACCCCAAACUGAUGAUCACAGUGACACAGAUAGUGAAGAAGAUAGAGAUAAUCAACAAUUUCUGACACCUGCAAAGCUUGCAAAUGCAAAACAGACUUUAGAAGAUGAGCAGGCCAGAGAUGCCAGAAACCACCAGAAGUGUAGCAAGACUUGCCAUCCUGUAGAAGACUCAGCAGGUUGUCAGCAGGAGGAGAUAGAUGUGGUACCAGAGAGCCCAUUGUCAGAUGUCGGCUCUGAAGAUGUUGGAACUGGACCCAAAAAUGACAGCGAGUUGAGUAGAAAAGAAAGUAGCCUAGGAAAUUCUCCAUUUGAGAAGGAGAGCGAACCGGAGUCACCGAUGGAUGUAGAUAAUUCCAAAAAUAGUUGUCAAGACUCAGAAGCAGAUGAAGAGACAAGUCCAGGUUUUGAUGAACAAGAAGAUGGUAGUUCCUCCCAAACAACAAAUAAACCUUCAAGGUUCCAAGCAAGAGAAGCUGACAGUGAACUUAGGAAACGGCACUCUAAUAAGGGAGGUGAAAUUAGAUUACAUUUUCAAUUUGAAGGAGGAGAGAAUCGCACUGGGAUGAGUGAUUUAAAUACCAGGCCACCUGGAAAUACUUCUAGCCUUAAUGUAGAAUGCAAAAAUUCCAAGCAGCAUGGAAAAAAGGAUUCUAAAAUCACUGAUCAUUUUAUGAGAAUGCCUAAAGCAGAAGAUAGAAGAAAAGAACAGUGUGAAGUCAAACAUCAGAGAACAGAAAGGAAGAUCCUUAAAUACGUUCCACCUCACCUUUCUCCAGAUAAGAAGUGGCUUGGAACUCCUAUUGAGGAGAUGAGAAGGAUGCCUCAGUGUGGAAUUCGGCUACCUCUCUUGAGGCCAUCUGCCAAUCAUACUGUAACUAUUCGGGUAGAUCUUUUACGAGCAGGAGAAGUUCCCAAACCUUUUCCAACACAUUAUAAAGAUUUGUGGGAUAAUAAGCAUGUUAAAAUGCCUUGUUCUGAACAAAAUUUGUACCCUGUAGAAGAUGAGAAUGGUGAGCGAACUGCAGGGAGCCGGUGGGAGCUCAUUCAGACUGCACUUCUCAACAAAUUCACAAGACCCCAAAACCUAAAGGAUGCUAUUCUGAAAUACAAUGUGGCAUAUUCUAAGAAAUGGGACUUUACAGCUUUGGUUGAUUUCUGGGAUAAGGUACUUGAAGAAGCAGAAGCUCAACAUUUAUACCAAUCCAUUUUGCCUGAUAUGGUGAAAAUUGCACUCUGUCUGCCAAAUAUUUGCACCCAGCCAAUACCACUCCUGAAACAGAAGAUGAAUCAUUCCAUCACAAUGUCCCAGGAACAGAUUGCCAGUCUUUUAGCUAAUGCUUUUUUCUGCACAUUUCCCCGACGAAAUGCUAAAAUGAAAUCGGAGUAUUCUAGUUACCCAGACAUUAACUUUAAUCGGUUGUUUGAGGGACGUUCAUCAAGGAAACCAGAGAAGCUUAAAACACUUUUCUGUUACUUUCGAAAAGUCACAGAGAAAAAACCUACUGGGUUGGUGACAUUUACAAGACAAAGUCUUGAAGAUUUUCCAGAAUGGGAAAGAUGUGACAAACCCCUGACACGGUUGCAUAUUACUUAUGAAGGUACCAUAGAAGGAAAUGGACAAGGCAUGCUACAGGUGGAUUUUGCAAAUCGUUUUGUUGGAGGUGGAGUAACCAGUGCAGGACUUGUGCAAGAAGAAAUCCGCUUUUUAAUCAAUCCUGAAUUGAUUGUUUCACGGCUCUUCACUGAGGUGCUGGAUCACAAUGAAUGUCUUAUUAUCACAGGUACUGAACAGUACAGUGAAUACACUGGCUAUGCUGAAACAUAUCGUUGGGCCCGGAGCCAUGAAGAUGGGAGUGAAAGGGAUGACUGGCAAAGACGCUGCACUGAGAUAGUUGCCAUUGAUGCACUUCACUUCAGACGCUACCUCGAUCAGUUUGUGCCUGAGAAAAUGAGACGUGAGCUUAACAAGGCUUACUGUGGAUUUCUGCGUCCUGGAGUUCCUUCAGAGAAUCUUUCUGCUGUGGCCACAGGAAACUGGGGUUGUGGUGCCUUUGGGGGUGAUGCUAGAUUAAAAGCUUUAAUACAGAUACUGGCAGCUGCAGCAGCUGAACGAGAUGUGGUUUAUUUUACCUUUGGGGACUCAGAAUUGAUGAGAGACGUUUACAGUAUGCACACUUUCCUUACUGAGAGGAAACUGACUGUUGGAGAAGUCUAUAAACUAUUGCUUCGAUACUACAAUGAAGAAUGCAGGAACUGUUCUACCCCUGGACCAGACAUCAAGCUUUAUCCAUUCAUGUACCAUGCUGUUGAGUCCUGUACAGAGACUGUUAACCAGCCAGUACAAAAGACAGGGACUUGAGGAGCCAAGUGAACAGAACCUCCUCCCACUGCUCAGAGACAUCCUGUUUGAAUUGUCAGGUGUAAUAUAUGAAUGACUUAAGUUAAUGUAAGUGUGUAUAUAAUCUACAUUUGUAGUCAAGGAUGUAAUCCCUUCUAAACAUAUGCAAUUGUCAGUUUGUACAUCUAAACUUUCCCCAUCCUGACUUAUAUGGGCUUAGAUAUGUUAUCUUUCCAUUUUCUUCUGUUUUAGUUUUCACUCUUUGAUUUGUCUUUUGUCCAUCAGAUUUCUUGUAAAAAUCUCCAUGAAAGACUGUGCUCAGCUAUCAGGUUUCUUUAUUCAUGGAUGUAUAUUAUACAAAUUGCUUCUGCAGCUUGCAGAUGCCAGUGAGCCUGGGAAAAAGUUAAAAUCCAGGAAUCUCUGUAAUAGAAUUUGCUACACAUCUCCCUGUGAACCUUUCAUCCCAACACUAACAGGCUUAUGUUGUGUGAAUUUUUGAAAAUUAAGAAGUUUUUUUUUCAUAUAUGUUACAUAGUGCACAUAUCCUAUGUUGUUCUUUAUUUAAAUCAGAAUAAUUUUCAGAAGUUAUUCUUUUAAUACAUCCACUUUUAUCUGUAUGGUUUGUCUAUCCAUUUUAUCCCAAUCAAUUUUUAUUGACACUGUUUCUAGAAACUGACCAAGAUGAAAGAAAAUGUAGAGUAAAAGUUUUCCUCAUAUGGUGUAAUGAAAACAAAUUCAAGAGGGUUGAAGAGUUUUGUUUGUUUGAGUUUUUUUUUUUUAAUUAUUAUUAGGAUCAAUAUUUGUUCUGUGGUGCUUGAGGCAUUUCAUAUAACCAAAGUUUGGGAACCAGAAACUUCAUGCUGAUUUGUACAUAUUGAAGUUUUUCUGGUAUUCAUAGGUUAUAUAGUUGAUAAUUUUUCAUUAAUAAAUCAUUUGUCAGAAACUUCCAUAUCAUCUAUAUUUUAUAUACUAUAUAAACAUGAUCUUUAAGUGUUUAUGUGGAACACAUAAAAUCCAAAUAAAACUGCUGUGGGGAAUUUUAAGCUUUAUCAGGGCUUUGUUUAAAAUCUGUUAUUCACAACUUUGUUCUUUUAAAAGUGGCAACAAAAAUAAAUAAUGAAGUCUUUAGAAGAUUAAACUGAAAGCCAAAGUCAAGUCUUGUGUUGAGUAGAGUUUAAUCACAAAAGCACUUAUUUAGAUUUUCAAAAUAGUCCUAAAUUAUAGUGUUGUUCUGGUUUAUAGUCAGUUGUCAGGAAAAGCUGAUGGAGAUCAAAUCCUGUUAUAAGGAACAUCAGUAGAUGGCCUAAACUCCUGUUAUCAGCACUGGAAGAAAAAAAAAUAGGGCCUAUGCCAGUAACUCUUUUCUUCUUCUCUCUUUCUUCCUUUCUUUCAUGUCCUUUCUUUUUCUCCUUCUCCUUCUUCUUCUCCUUCUCCUUCUUCUUCUUCUUCUUCUUCAUUUGGAAACAGGUCUCAGUCUGGUUUUGGACUCAAGAUCUUCCUGCCUCAGUCUCCUGAGAGCUGGGAUUUCAAGUGUUUACCAUUACACCUGGCUCAGUAUCUGCAACUCUUUAUGUUUGUAUAAAGAUUGAUAGGAUAAUAGGAUUUGGUACCUGAUGGCAGACGCUUGACAUUGAUGAAGCUGUUUAUCGUAAUAACUAAGAUUUUUAAUCAUCUCCUAAAUUUGAAGGCGUCUGGCUUUAUUUCUGCUGAUACUGAAGUCUCUUUCCCAGCCUAAUCUGUGCUUUAAUUAAGCAUUUAUGGUUAUAUUUCCUUUCCUUAUUUUUCCAUCCCUAUGCUCUUCCCCUCUUAGUUGCUUAAAGUGUUUCAUGAACAGUGUUUGUUGGUUCUUGCAGUAGAGAAAUUAUGGAUCCAGGUUAGAAGACUACCCAAUUCAGUAUUCCAAAACACAGAAGCAGAGAUUUUGCUCUUAGUUGUACAGCGGUAGUGAUGGAGCCACCUACUAAUUGCCUUGCCUCUCUUGCUGUUAAGAGAUUUCCAAGAAACCUCUUGGAAGACCAGUUCUUCGUCCCAGUAUGCCCUGACAGUAGGGUAGCUAACAUGAGAGCUCAUGCCUGACUUUUUAAGGAAGGAGGAAACGUAGAGCAAACGUAGCUACUUUGUCAUUAAAGGUCCUCUUCAAAAAAGAAGGAGAAAUUAAACAUCUCGUUAACAUUUGUAUCUAUUCUGAGGUGUUUAACCGUAUCUUUUUACUCUCUUUUAUACAGGGUUUAUUGUUUUCAUAUUGUUACUCCUUUUUUCAUGUAGAAAUCUUAGAUUUUUAAUAAAGCUUUCUUUUCAAUUUCUGACUAACUCAUUCAGAUCUAUAAUAGCAACUUAACAAAACAAAUGUCUAGUAAUGGAAAGGACAUGAGAUUUCUAAUUCAGGAAAAUUGAGUUCAAAUGCUGGCCAUUUUUCUAGUUAAUAUUUUAACCUUGUUGAAAUAAAUUGAUUUCUGACCUAACUUAGCUAGAAAAUGGAAUAAGUAGCACCUACUGGGAAAUAAAACACUGUAAAUUGAACACAUACUUUGUGUUCAAAAAUAUAUCAGUUGACCAGGAAACAUAAUGGAGUACCUACUAUAUAUUAGCCAAUCUGCUUGUUCUACAAAUUUUAGUUUAUUUUUCCAGAGAGUAACAGAUGCCCAGAGGUUUGGGGUUAUCGAACAAGCUCAACCUGAAGGAGUUCAUUAUGGAAAAGGGACUUGCUGUGUUAUCUAUGUAAGGAUCUGUUUGAAAAGGGCCCUGACACCCUUAUUACCUAGCAAGUUAAAUAUCCCUUAUUGAAAUACUUGGGACCAGAAGAGUUUUGGAUUCUAGAUUGUUUUCUGAUUUUAAAAUAUUUGGGUAGAAAAUGAGAUUUUUUUUUUUUUUUUGGAAUGGGACCCAAGUCUAAGUGCAAAAUUCAUUUAUGUUUCACAUAUACACAUGGCCUGAAAGUCAUUUUACAUCACAUUUUUAGUGCACUUGCACUUUGACUGGGGCUUGUCACGUGAAGUCAGAUGAGGUAUUUUCCACAUAGUGUUGUGUUGGCACUGAGAAAGUUUCAGAUUUUGGAGCUUUUAAGAUUUCCUAUUUUCACAUUAGGGGUUCUUAACCUGUGUAGUUCGUUUUUCAUCAUGAGUGACUAGUUAUUAGUUGGGUACAUUCAGUUGUUUCCAAAAGGAUUAUCUCUUGUUGCUGGUUGCAAAGGCAUUUAGAGCAGGCAUACUCAAACCAGUAUUUAAAAGGGAGAUUAAAAAAGGAGAUCUAACCCAGCCCAGUGAUUGAUACUUCUCUCUAGUACAUAUUGCUCUGGAAACCAAAGUGGUUAAGCUGUCUGACUCCAGAAUAUAGUAAGCAAAAUAUUGGGUCACAUUUUUGGAAAAAUUCCUCAACAGGAAGGAAUAUGGCUGCAUAGAUUUAUACCUGUGUUCUUUUCCUUUCUUCAGUCUGUGUGGCUGUAUGUUCAUGUUUUUUGUUUUGGUUUGAUUUUUAUUUUUCAUUCUGAUGCAGAAGACAAUCUAGCAUACCAAGAUUGAGAGGGCCUGCACUUCCUUCUCUCAAACCUGUGAAUACCUCCCAUCUCUUUGUUUGCAGGGAAGACCAAGUCUGGCCAUUGCUGGUACAUGUUGAGCUCAGAAAAUUAAUCCUGUCAUUUUGGGAGGAUAAAGGGGGACAUUCCAAAGUGAUACUUGCUAGAACAAACAGCUAAGAUCCACUGACCCACUACUGCCCUCUGUCCCAGCAAAAUGUCCUGAGUCCCUGCUCACCAGAUACUACAUAGAUCAAUUGUGCCUUCAGUUGGAAGGUUUCCCAGACAAGACAACAAAGCUGCAUAUGGUCAUCUGGUAAUUGGCUUUAUUGCUCCUGACUUUAUUUUAAAUGUAAGGUUAAUGUGUCAUGAUGAUUCUGGAUUUGGGGAUAAGGACAGGUCUGUACUGAUGUUUACAUGAUUUUGUAGGAAGAGAAUAAAGAAAUUUGGAUCCCCUUGUCA